CAGGAUGCUUUGACCAUUCGGAACCUGUACUUUCUCGUCCUGGACAAGGUGUCCAUCUCGCCCUCCUGCGAAGCUGGGCGAGCAGGAUGAGACGUCACAAUGUAUUUGUAUGAAAACACAGAUUGUUGCAGGCAAACACAAGAUAUUGAUGGUGAAUAUCUUCUGAACCAAAUAGUAACUCUCACUUCAUAAGAUGGUAAUACCAAGAACCAUGUGGCACUUUUGUGUAAGAAGUUUCCAUCGUUUCAAUGCUGUUGCCAGAUCAUCAUUACCUACAGGAAAUGAAAAUGUGUGGGAUGCUAUGUACAAGAGAGGCAUUCCUCGCACUCUGGAUGAGAUGAGCUUAAUGCUGGGAGAAAGAGUGGAUUCACCUCCUAAUUCACGACUUCUGAAAAUAGCUAUUGUGGGUGUGCCCAACUGUGGCAAAAGUACUCUUAUCAACAGUCUCGUUGGCAGGAAAGUGUGUAGUGUUUCAUCCAAAGUUCACACAACUGAAGUCAGUGCUCGGGCUGUGCACAAUGUAGAGUCAACCCAGAUGGUGUUUUUGGACACUCCUGGUUUAGUCACCCCACAGGAAGUCAGCAAGCACAGUCUAAAUCGCUCUUUAUUAAGAGAGGCAGAAAUAUCACUUCAUGAAGCUGAUGUGAUGGCAGUGAUCCAUGAUGUCUCCAACAAGUAUACCUGCAAUAGUUUGCAUCCCAGAGUAUUGCGGCUUUUAGCACUAUAUCCCACAACACCAAGUAUUCUAAUCUUAAACAAGGUUGAUCUAGUCAAGCAUAAACAGCGCUUGCUAGAUAUAACUCGAAUUAUUACAGAAGGCAUUGUAGGUGGCAAUAGGUCACAUGUAGAGAAGAAGAAAGAUGUUCCACUCAGUAAGGAGAAACUUUUGAGAAAAACUAAAAAAACACUGCAGAGUGUAGAAACAAGUACAGAAGACAAACUAAAAAAAAAAGGAAAUACUUUGGUAACUGGUCAGAUUGGUCUCCCAAGAGAUAUCAGUCAGAUAAGUGAGCAAGAUGUUAUGGAAGGGAAAGUUAGAUUGACAGAACAGGAAAUUAAUGCCUUUAUUGAGAACCGGACUGGAUGGCCCUUGUUCGAGGAAGUCUUCAUGGUAUCUGCCCUUUCUAGCCUGGGGGUGGACGACUUGCAGGAUUUCUUCUAUCACAAGGCCUAUGAAGCUCCAUGGAUCUUCAGUUCUCAGAUGUUGACAGACCAAAACCCCCAAGAUAUUGCCUUGAUGACAGUAAGAGAAAAGUUCCUAGAUGCUUUCAAGAAUGAAAUCCCAUAUAACCUCAAGUUCACAGUAGAGCACUGGGACCUCUCAGAAGAAGAGAUCCUGUAUAUCACAAUUCAAAUUGGGUGCAAGAGGCAAGGUCUUGCCCGGUUCAUCAUAGGCAGUGGUGGCAAGAGCGUUAUCCCCAUUGCACAGGAUGCAGAGCAGGAUCUGCGCAAUACCUUCUGCAAUGAGGUGAAACUGAGAUUGAAUGUUGUGUAUGAUCCUACGCUCAAGAGAAAAUAGUGAAAAUAUCCUGGAGUUUGAUGUUCUGAAAGUUCAGAAAUUUGCAUUCUUUAAUUUGAUCUGAUAUUUGUUUUUUUAUUUAUUUCCUUUUUGCAGUAUUAUUUUAAAAUUGAGUUAUUUUAUAAUAAUAAGAAAUGUUUGUAAUUCAAAAUAUUGUUCAUAAUUCUGUAUAUAUAUUUAUUGUUGGGAUUUAUAUAUAUUUGUUUAGUGAAAAUAGUAAAUCCCACAUAUGUAAAUAAAAGAAAAUUACAUUGUUACUUGUAUAUUGAAACAUUGAAAUACCUGAGAAGUUUAUAAUUGUGUUAAUCCAUCUACAGUUAUAUCAUGUUAUACUUAGGAAAUGUUUGUUUUAGUAGUUUCAGUAACUGUAAUAAAAUUGACUUUAUCCUUGUUUCUUAAGAGUUUGAUACUGUAUUAGAAGCUCAAGAACUGAUGACAUGAAAGGGCCUUUUUUAUAUAUGUCACUUUUACAAGAAGCACAUGAAAAUAUUACAGAUCUUGAUUUUAUCAUGCAAUAGAUCUACUACUCAGCUACAAAAUAAGCCAUAUUACAUUCAUUUCUGACUGAAAAUGCAUGUUCUAUGCAUAAAAGUAUAGUGUACAGAUUUUUUUUUUCCUCUUAAUUUUUUUUACAUUAUGGAUAACAAAUCAUAUAUGAAAUAGUUGUAUAUGAUAUGAUUAUCUAUUAUUUCCCUUUAAGGUUGCUCUAAUUAGGUUUUACAACAUAUUACUGGUCUGAAAUAUGAUCGUUCUUCAUGCCAGCGAAUAUCACACCGGGACGGGACGUGAGAGAAGUGACCGCGCGGACAUGUUAUUAAAGCGAGGGUCCCAGGCCUUUCAACUUUGUAGGAUGGAACACUCACCUUUCACACCAACACUCCCGUGAAAUAGAGAUAUUCAAAUACAGGGUGGUGUAAAACGAUGUAUACAAGAUAUAUAAGUAUAUACAGAUCAUUUCCAUGUAUUCCAUGACCUUAUUUUUAUAUGUAUUGAUACCUCCAUUUGCUUGUUUGUUUGCUGUUUCUUGAAUUGUUUGCAGGAUAAUUGAAACACUUAAGAACAGAUUUUAAUAAGAUUUUUACCAGAGGUGUGUUUUAAGCUUAACUUAGACGCCAUGACACUUUGGUGGUGAUCUGGAUCAUGAUUCGGAUCCAAGAAUGUUUUUCGAACUCAAAAAGUUAUGAACAGAUUUUAAUGAAACUGACGAAAUAUGAUCCAAACAUAUAGAAAAGAAAAUACUCCAUAUGAACAGCACAUCAUUCUUAUUUAUAUGUAUACAAAAAAUCAUUAUUGUUUUUUGAAUGCUUCCCAGAAUUUUUAGAUUCUUCCGAAAAAUUGCAGGUUGAUCUCAUAUUAUGUGAAAUUUUAUACGCUUUCAGAAAAUAAUUCAUUUUUCAUUAUAUUUAAACAUUACGUCACAAUUGCUGAUUUUCUAAGGUAGGGAAAAAAAUCAUAUUUCGGUGCACAUUGAAAGUGGCUGCUACCACCUUAAAUAUAGCAGGUUGGCCUUUAAUUCGGCAAGACGGGCAACUUUUUGCCGAAAAUGACCAGAUGGUCCCCUUCAAUAUGGAAAUUAUUUUGACUGUAUCUUAAACAGUUCAGUUAGAUGUUACCUUUAUUCUUGUAAUUUUAUAUAUUUGGAGGUGUAUUUGAGUCCUUGCUGAAGCAUGUUUGUAUUAGCACCAGAAACUGCAUUUCUGCAUUAGAACCUUGAUAAAAAGAAACAGUCUAGUUGUCUUUUAGCAGCAUUCUGUAUUGGAUUAAAAGUUCAGCUUAUCAGAGGUAACAUGUUUGUGGACCAUAAUUUCAUUCCAAAUGAUAGCACUUGAGAGAAAAAAUACAUUGUAGUAGAACUACACAUAGCAAAGUAAGUGCAUUUUGUAAUCAGGGAUCAUAGUUACUUGUAAUUAGGAUAUAAUUUGGUGGAUAGGUUGGAGGUUAGACAUCCUUUUCAGAUUGAAAACAGCAGUUGAUAGUCCUGUAACUUUGUUGUGUAACUUACAUUUCUUUGGAUCAGGAACUGUUUACUGAAAUUUAUUAUUGAGUUAUUUAUCAAACAUUGUAGGUAAAUAAGAAAUAUUCUUCCUGUUGAGAUUUUGAUAUAUCAAAUAUUAAUUUCAAUGGCUGACUUCAAUUCAAAGUUUACCAUCAGCGUAAUAAAGUACUUCUCGUCUUCUUUGGAACAGUUGCUGAAUCAUUCUUAAUGCUGGUGAAGUUAACUGUGCCCUUGGUUUUGCUUUAUAUGGUACAGAAGUACAGUUCAUCUGGUACAUUUUAUUAGAUCUUUAUUUUAAUGACAUUUCAUAUAUGAAGAGUGGACUAAAAACUCACUUGGAGUUAGCAAUUAGUCCUCUACCUUAUUAAGUUGAAGAGCAAUUGGUCUUUGUGUUUCUCAUGGAUGCUUUCAUGACAAUGUUUCACUAGAGUGUUACAUUAAGCAUACUUGAACAAACAUUUGGCGUAGUUUGUAACAGCAUGAGAAAAACUGAGACCAGGUAUUACCAAUACAUAUGAAUGGCAGUCCGUUAGCAUUUUCAGCACCUAAAAUUUACACAUUUGAUUCAAGUUCUUGGAGACGCACUGUUUAAUCACAAAUGAAGUAUCUCUUUAUGUCAAUUAGUAAAGAUGAAAUAGAUCCAUCCAGUAGUGCCCACAUAAGCCCUGUCACUGGUGCCUCUACCAUCCUUUGGUGUCUCCACAACCCUUGUAUUAGUGUACUCAUUGCCCUUCCAAUAGAGUCCCCACAACUUCCAGUGGUGUUCCCAUGGCUGUUCCAUUGGUGCUUUAACAGAAUGUUCAGUGGUGUUCCCACAGCCCUUACACUAAUGCCUCCUUGCCAUGUUUCUCCAUUGGCCCUUUCUAUGGUGCCUCUCCAGCCCUUCCAGUGGGGUCUUCAUGGCCUUUACAGUGGUGGCUCGAGGCUCUUUCAGUUGUGAAUUUUUAGCCUCUUCAAUGGUGGCCCUUUGGCAUAUCUGAUGUGCUAGAUGAAGUCAUGGCCUACGAAUCUGGUUGACUGUCACAUGAUAAAGCACAAAUGAUAAAAAUAUGGUCAUUUUAUGAUUUUUUUUGUUUUUUUUGGGGGCUAUAACUAUGAUUUGUUGUUUCCCCUUUCCCCUGUUAUUCUAAGCAUAUGGUUAUAUUGGUUAAUGUAGGGCUGAGCCACCGCCAGGAAAACAAGUCAAUUAACCAUAUUUUAUCAUGCCCUGAAACUGCAUAUCAUCCGUUAGAGUAUUAGUCAUUCAGGGCUAUUCACUGAUGGUUCCAGUUCUGGAUAAAGUUGAGUAAUUAAAGCCCGACCAAAAGUUUCCUGUAAUAAUAUCUCAUAUCUAAAUAUCCUCUAAUUCUUCAAGAAAAAUAAUUUUUUUCAUAUAUUUUUCUGAGCCAAAACCAUGUUCAUAAGUUCAUACAGGAGUGUGACUAUUACAAGGGUUUCUUAAAUUUCACUUUGUGUUACAUUUUUACAGUAUUAUAUUUCCAGCCGCUACUUAGAGCUUUGAAGUAUAUUAAACGCAUUAUAAGACAUCAGUUUAACAUCCAACUGCCUUAUACAGCCAUGAUGUACAGCCAGCAACAAGAGCGGUGACGCCUCGCCAGUCCUGGGCUUGGUAAGAUCAUGCCCUUCUUGCCUUGAAAGGAGGCCGCGUUCAAACAACUAGGGCAUAGUUAGGGUCGUUCGAAUGUGAGGAGGUGGGAAAGUACGGAAAUCAGGCGAAGAAGAGCAAAAAUUACUGUAAUAUACAUGGAAAGAGAGAGAGAGAGAGAGGGAUCGCUUUUAUUCCUGUUUAGUUGUUAAAUUGGUGGAUAUAUUGGAAACCUGCCUUUAGAAAUAAAUUAUCGUUUAUUCUUUCGAAAAUGAUUGUCAAGAAAUCUUA